CUGGAACCUUGUCCCAAGUUAAGUUACCUAAGUUAAAGCUUGACAUCAGCAAAUCCUAUCCACUGCCAGCCAUCAUUUGGCAUUCCAUCGCUUCGUUCCGUUUCGUUUCCUUCCUUUCGUUCCACACUACCGUCGCGCACGAAUCGCGAAAUACACAUCACAUCAUGGGCAAGCGCAAGUCCUCAAGCAAGCCCAUGGGGCCCAAGAAGAAAGAUCCCCUUCCCACCACUUUCGCAUGCCUCUUCUGCAAUCAUGAAAACUCAGUCUCGGUAAAGCUCGAUAAGAAAGCUGGCGUCGGUCAACUCGACUGCCGUGUUUGCGGUCAAAAAUUCCAGUGCGCAGUGAACUACCUCUCCGCUGCGGUUGACGUCUAUGGUGAAUGGGUUGACGCGGCCGAUGCCGUCGCCAAGGAAGACACCGCGGAGCCCGGCUACGGUGGCACAUCUCGAGGAGGUGGACGAGGCAACCGAACGGCGGUCGAAGAUGACUACGACGACCAAUACGGAGAUGAUGAUUAUUAAACGUUUCUUUUACGCGCCCUGUAACAAUACCAAGAUUUGCUACGUCCUUUGCUCGACAA